AAAGAGAUGUCGCUGAUGUCAGUCGUACAUGUGUACACAUACGUGUUUGUUUGCCGCUCGAUUAAAAUUGAUUAAAGUUCGGUGCAAAGGCAGUGUGUGUGAAUGCUUAAACAAUAAUUUGCAAAGAAUAAAUAUAUUACAUUCAUAUAUGAUACAACAUCGAGCAGGAUUAUAGAGAACCUCACGUGAUACGAAUAUGAAUUCCACGGAAGCUGAAACUAUUGCCGAUCUGGUUCAGAAUAUGAUUAUUUCUCUAUGUGGCGAACAAAGACCAGAGUCAGUUAGAAGAUUCAUGCGUUUUUCCCUUGGCCUAUUGUCGUCUACUCAAGGCAUAGAAACAUUGAGAGAGGAUGAAAUGACUGUAGCAACAUAUAUAAAGAGUAAAUUAUCACCACGCGAUGCAGUGCAAUUUGAUAAGCUGCAUAAUGAUUUAAAAGAUGGGCCAUUGAAGAAUCGUAUAAGCAUUCUAAUAUUUCUACUGAACAUGGGCCAAUCGGUGGAACAGAUGAAGGACAGGAUGUUUUCGUUUCCAGAUAUGAAAUCGGAGUUGAGCCCAAUCGCAUCCACUAGUGGUAAGAUUAACGCAAUCUAGAGAUGUAAAAAAAAACGUUUUUUUUUUCUAAUAGA